CGGUGUCUUCUAACGCUCGCCUCCUCUCCCUCCUCCACCACCUCGACGUGAUUGCCUCGUUCAAGUAGCAACAGCACCACUUGCGGUGGCGGCGGCGGAAGAAGGAGACGGAGGUGAUGACGGUGAAGGGGGGGACGAACCAAUCAUGCGCGGCAUGCAAGUACCAGCGGCGGAGAUGUGCGGCGGAUUGCCCCCUCGCCGCCUACUUCCCGGCCGACCAGCCGAAGCAGUUCCUGAACUGCCACCGCCUGUUCGGCGUCAGCAACAUCCUCAAGAUCAUUAACCGCCUCGACCCGCCGGAGCAGGCCGAGGCCAUGAAGUCCAUCAUCUACGAGUCCAACAUCCGCGACCGCGACCCCGUUCAUGGCUGCCUCGGCCUCAUCUGCUCCCUGCACCUGCAUAUCCACCACUUGGAGCAGGAGCUCGAGGCCACCAACAGUCAGCUCCUGCUCCACCGCCACCACCAGCUCGCCGCCUCCUCCUCCUCCUCCUCUUCUACCAUGAUCGAUGGCGCCGCCAGCUACCUUCUCCUCGACAACGGCAUCUCCAUCGUCGAGAGCUGCAGCAUCGCCGACAACAACGACAUCAACAUGAAGGCGGCGGAACGUUUCUGGGCUCACCAUUCUUCCGCCCUGCAUGCCCCGAUGGACGAUGAGAUCUCACCCGACUUCGACGCCAUAGACGAAGACGGAGUCUACGAAUCAUGCUCCGAGUCUCCGCUCAAGGACACGAUGCACUCGGCGAUGGCUCACGUCUCACGGAACGAACUCAAGAGCGCCGCCGCUUGCUUCACUCUCACCAGCGCCGUCAACUGAGGGCCACCUCCCGGGCUUCCAAUUGCUUCACUGUAAUCUUCUUCGCCACCCAUGUCUCAUAUAAUCUCUGCUAAUAAUACCCGGCGAUGUUGGAUUUCCGCAGCACAUAUUAGCAAGGAGUUGAGGUUUGUGAUGAAUAAAGCGAUUCUUUUGCUAGGGUAGUACGUAGUUUUUUUUGCUUCACUUACUACCAUAACACACAGAAGAACUAAUCCUUGUGGGAAUCAUAUUUCUUUUUCCCUGCAAUUUUGUUGACAUUUUGGGUGAAAAGGUAUCGUAAAGUUUGAUUAAUAAGGAAAAAAUGAUCUGAUUACUUGCUAGUUCAAAGUUGCUUAGAUUUUACAUGGAACAUCCUGUCAAUUUAGCCACCAAAAAUAUAUCAUAUCCAUGUAUUCCAUGCUCCAUUUCUGUAAACAUUAGGUUAACGAAUUUGUCAUCUCUGUAUCGAGCAUGAAGACAUAACAAUGCUUGCUGCAUUCAUGCAAUGAGCAUGAAGAAAUAAUAAGAAUUAGAUUCAUGAUUUUAUUCUGAUGUUAAGAGGUUGUAAAAGAAAGGCAAUCUCUUAACCAAACAUGAACAGAGGAGAAAGUCUGCUGCUGCUGCUCAUAUUAAUCGACUGUAAAGAAUAAGGUUGUCUUCAAACCUCUCUCUCUUUCUCUCUUUCUUUCUGAAUACUCCUCUUUCUCUUUCUUUCUCUAUAUAUGUAUUAGUUGUCUUCUCUCAUUUUCUGAAAGUAGUGGGAAAUUUAGUUGAAAUAUUCAACGUAUUAUUAUCUUUUUACCGCAGAGUAUGGUGCAAUGAUUUCAUAUUCAUAUCAGGCAAAACAAAGGUAUGCAUUCUCUCUCUCACUCUCUCUUCAUUGCUGAACAUAUUCUGAUUUCUAUCAGUGUUCUAUCUAUCGAUCUGCCGAUUUAUUUAUCUAAACUUAUUCAUCUAUCUGAUUAUCUAAACUUUCAAUCUAUCUUAUCUAUCUAUCUAUCAAUUUGAUUAUCAAUAUAUCUAUCUCUGUAUUUAUCCAUCCAUCUAUCUACCUAUAUAUCUAUCUAUCUUCUUUUUCUACUGUGUUCUUCCCUUUCACUUUACUUGGUUUAACUCUUGGACUAUGAUUGAUUCUUAGAUCAGUUUAAGACAACAAUAUACUUCAUAUAUGGAUCCUAUUAAAAUACAAAUAAUUACUGUUCCUACAGCUACUGUUACUGCUGGUAGUGCCAACUAAAAGGCAGAUUCCGCGCACAGGAGUCCAAUCUGUGGCUUAGUGGGGCGGCCAUCUUUUAUGUCCCCUUCUCCAUCACGGAUCAGCUCCGAAUCUUGUCUGUCCUCUCUCCACCUGUCCCAGAAACCGAUACCAUCACCUCAUAUAACGCCCGUUUUAUAUAACCACCAGUCCGAGUCGUAG